AUGUACACCAUUGCAACCCCGACAGCACCGGUAACAUUCGAACAAAGCCAGCACGACUUCAGCCCCAAAACGCCCUCCCCACUCCGAACGUCACGAAAUGCGAACCUGAUGCCUCCUCCCCUCCCGCCUCCUCCUCCUCAAUGGUCCUCGUCCCCUCCUCUUCUAGACACCAAAAGCUCUCCCCUCGCCCAUUACGCCCCAGUUCAGCAAGCCUUCUCACUCACCCCCCGACCCCAACCCCGCCGAGCAUCCACACCCUCCAUCUUCGCCAUCUCCUCAACCUCAACCUCAACAACCUCCAUGUCCACCAAUGCAAACGUCACCACCUCCUCCGCAACAUUCGCCUCCCGCUCCCGCGCCUCCACACCCACCGCCACGCUCAGCGCCCACGCGGCCGCGGCCAAAGACCGACGGAGAACGCUCUUUCGCGAUAGGAUCCGUAAACAGCGCGAUGAUGCGCGGGCGCCUGCGACCGCUGUCGCUGAGGAACUGGAUGGCGAUGGCAGGAUGGAGGGGAUGGAUGGGCUUGGCGGUGAGGCGGAUGGAAUUGUGCCGUUGACGGAGGAGGAGGAGAUCGAGGCGUUGGCGCAGUAUUUGUUGGAGAGGGAGGAUGAGGAUGAGGAUGAGGAUGAGGAGAUGAGGUUACGAGAGAAUGGAGAUGAGAGGAGGGGCUGGGAAGAGCAGUGGCAGAGACGGCGGCUGAGUGAUCAUGAAGGUUUCCGGUCUGGUGGCUCUGGGAGCUAUGGUUCGGACGAGGAGGAUUACGAUCAGCUGUUUAUGGAGGUCAUCAGUGGCAGUCAGGAGCAAGGAGGUCCAGGGCGCUGGCCGGUGCAGCAGCAGCAAUGGGGUCAGGAUUCUGGUCUGGAUGCUGAUCAAGGUCAACUGAGUUCGAGCAUGGAUCUCUCAUAA